AUUCGAUAAUUUUCGUUUCUUUUUUCCGACGUUUUUUCCAGAUGUGGAAGCAUGAAAAGCGUUGAAUUGUUCAGUGUUUGUGUGUUUUUCAAAAUUUUGUGAAGUGGUCACUUAAUAUACCUAGUUCCAAGUGCAGUGGGUUUUCGUGGACUUUGGAGUGAAAAUAUUUUAAAUCGUAUUUCCAAUUUAGAGGUUAUAAUCUUACACAACACUAUCAGACUGAAACAUGGAUGAAUAUUCGAGAGAACCAUGCCCUUGGCGUAUCCUUGAUGAUUCUGGCGGUGCGUUCAUCAUGGGAGCUAUUGGAGGUGGUAUAUUCCAUUCCAUAAAAGGAUUCAGAAAUGCUCCAACAGGAUUCAACAGAAAAAUGCUCGGAAGUUUAGCCGCAAUCAAGGAGCGGUCACCCAUAGUAGCGGGUAACUUUGCAGUUUGGGGCGGGAUGUUCUCGACUAUUGACUGCUCCCUUGUGUACCUGCGACAGAAGGAGGACCCGUGGAAUUCCAUCAUGAGUGGAGCCCUCACUGGUGGCAUUCUUGCUGCAAGAAAUGGUGUUCCAGCCAUGGCAGGGAGUGCAUUAGUUGGAGGCAUCCUUCUGGCUCUAAUUGAAGGCAUCGGUAUCAUGUUCACAAGAUUAUCAGCAGAGCAGUUUAAGCCUCAACAACCAAUAUUUGAAGACCCCUCUGUACUUGGCCAGGGCAACCCAGGGCCACCACCAAAUUUCCAAUAAGCUAUUUACUAUAAAUAUGUAUAGGAAUUGGUAAAAAAAUGAUCUUAAAAUGGCUUCAUCAGAAGUCAUGUUUAGAUUUGUUGUGUCAUCAGAAAUAAACUAUGUGUGUUAAAUUGUACUUUGAAGCUAGAUCCAAAUUGAUUAAAGUAAUUUAUUUACUAUAUUUUCAUUCAAUAAUAUUACAUAAUCAUUACACCUUAUGUAUGCAUAACUUUACAUUUUUUGUUUGUGAAUUUGAGUGAAUAUUGUUUUGUAUCUGUGAUAUUUCAGUUAUUUACUGAUUGCCAAUAACUUUUCGCUCACUACAUAAAUAAAAGUACAGGAUAUUCAGGUAGCUUGUAUUUUUGGUUGACACUAAAUUAUUUUUCAAUACAUUAUUGUUAAUUAUUACAGGUACAUACUUAGGGCAUUUAAUUAGAGAAUAUUACCAGUUCCAGUUGUUUACAGCCUCUUAUUUGUUCCCCAUGUGGUAGCAAGCAACUGUUUAAUAUUAUUUAGUAUGUAUGUAAGUGUAAAAAGUUAUAACUGAAUCUUAUAAUGAAGGUUAGUUUUCCCAUCUUCUGUUGAUUCAUGUUGUAAUGGAUUUACUAUCAUUUUUUUUUCUAUUCUGACUAUUCUCUAAUUAAUUAUCCUAUUUGAGUAGCAUUAUUUUAAAUAAAUAGUUUUUAUUCAUA